AUUUUAUUCACCCCGAGCCUUAACUUCCACUCCGGUCAAUUUUUCGAAGGUCACUCACGUUUCCUCGAAAAUGCUGUCAAGAUCAUUACUCGUCUCGCGACAGAUUGUCAAAUCGGCUAACGCAGUCCAGUCUGUCCGCCAUGGGAGCGCCAGUUUGAGGGAGAUUGCUGUCAAGCACCACAAUGAUCUGGAUGCUUUACCCAUUCCACAUGGCUGCUGGAAGACAGAUUUUAAGGCCAAGGAUACCAAGUACAACAUAAAUAUUGCCCUCCUCCUAGUCUUGAAUUUCGCCACUUAUGGAUUUAUCAAAAAGGUGUGUCCUGGUACAGAUGCAAGGGCUCGACCAACUACCUUCAAGGUGGAUCCACCCAUCUUUAACACUUACGAUGAAUGAUUUAGCCCGGAAGAGGAUGUUGUGAAUGUGUGCACUCCAGACAUUGAUUUUAUUUGUAGAAAUGUUCAGUGUUAAAAUAGAACAGAUUGGAAGAGUUAAAAGAAUGAGGAACAACAUUGAUAUAGGAUUUUACAACAAUAACAUUGUGUCAAUAGGAAGUUUUGAACUGUCAGAGAUGCAAAUUGCGUAUUUAACAUUCAAAAGUACAGAAUGUUAAAUUGUCUUCUUCAGAAUAUUUUGUAAUGCAUGUUUGGAGUUUUUGAAGAGUACUUUUUGUUGUAUGUUAGCACUGGGUAAAUAAAUUGAAAAUGAAUAUCUUACACAAUUGUUUUUGGCUCAAAACUAAAUAAAGUGUGAUUAAGUGGAAUGAGUAUUUAUCAGAUAGAGGUAAAAUAUUUUUAAUUAAUAAAUUAAGUCAAGAAUUUAA